AUGGAACGCUUGGAACCUCUUCAGACUCUAGAAUCCGACUAUUAUCUGGGCGAAGCUGUACGGGAUGUUGGACCUGAUAGCGACGAGGAGAUGAGUUCUGACGAUGAACUGCAGCAGGAGCUGAAGAAAAUCGCCGGGAUAAGCAAUGAAUGUCAGAAGAAGGGAAAGAGACAGAGAAGACAGUCUGACUUUGAAAGUGAUAUGGAGGAUGAGCUAGAUCGUAGUAUGUGUGAAUACGCUACUGAAUGUUUGAAUGAUUAUGUGCAGAAAAAUCCCCAAAUUGAACUUCCUAAAGUGGAAGAAGAAAUUCCGGACUUAGAACCUGCUAACGAUGAAGAUAUGGAAUGUGAAGAAAGUAAGGCGUCGACAUCUUUACCAACUUCACCCCUCAAGUCUUGUUUGAAAAGGAAAUCUCCUCAGAAGAAAAAAUCACCGAAACCCGAAGAAGAUAAUGAUUUAUCUAGUGAUAACAGCGAGGAAGAUAAUCCAAUCAAAAAAAUGGUGAAGCAGCGUAAGAAAGUAAUGGAUGAAGAACCUCCUGAAUUUUACGACACUGAUGAAGACGAUGAUAAUGAACGAUGGGUCCAAAAAAAGAAUUCUGAAAGACGGGGAGCGACAACUUCUGCAGCUCCUAGUAGUCAAACAAGGAAAAAACCUUCGGCCAAAAUCGAUAAUGGCUCAGAUGCCGUUCUAUCCUGUCCAGGUUGUAUGAUUCUGCUCUCUAGAGAUUGUCAACGCCAUGAAAUUUAUAAAGAUCAAUACAGGGCGAUGUUUGUUGAAAACUGCGAGAUUGACAAGACUGAAGAUUUGAAAGUAGAAAAAACUGGUAAAGAAAAGAAGCGUCAAAAGCAACAAAUGAAGAAAAUGGGAUUAGCAAUGGAGAGUUCGGCUGGUACUCCUCAUGAUAUCUUCCAUGCGGUAAAAUGCUGUAAAUGUGGUACGAAGGUAGCUGUUUACGAUCACGAUGAAGUUUUUCACUUUUUUAAUGUUCUCGCUGGCUAUUCUUGA